AUGCGUGGAUCAUCUGGCGACGUUAUUCGGACUUCAAAUCACUUGGAAUGGGUUUUGCUAUCGGUUCGUGAGAAGCAGCGAUGGGUGGUAUUGGGUCUGAUUCCUUAUUGUGGUUGGCGAUACGGAAAGGCAAUUCACAAAGUAAAAUGUGGCAAAGUCGAUUAUCUGCUCAGUGGUAUAUGUUAUGGCCCAGAUAAAACGAGUAGUGUGGAUUGUUUAAAUGAAGCACUUGAAUUUUUCCGAACGAUUCAGUUUCCUUAUUUGAAUGAAUGUGUGGAAUGCUGGGCCAACGAUGGCGGUAUUCUCUUCAUUCAUCCAUUAUUCCCAUCUGGAACUCUUCGCGAUUAUUUACAUAAGAGUCAUUGGAAGGAUGAAUUUUUGAAGAAAUACUGCAUAGAUCAUCAACUAACAUCGUUAGAAUUAAUCGAUGUUCGUUUAAUAUGUCGUCAAGUUCUCGAAGCUUUGUCAUUUCUCAACGCUUUAUCUAUUCCCUAUCGUUAG